AUGGUCUACAGUGGUAUUAGUUACUGGCUUUCAGGGCUUGAGCGCACUUUAGCCAAGUUUCUGGUGUAUAUGGUUAGCAUGGUCGUGAUUGCAUUUAACGGGUACUCUAUAGGCGUACUGCUGGGUGCCAUGUUUAGGGAUAUAACGGGGAUUGUGAAUGCAGUACCAAUCCUGUUUUUGCCGAUUGUUUUGUACGGCGGCUUGUUUGUUAACGACACAAACACGGUGGUGUGGAUGAGAUGGCUGCAGUGGUUCAGUCCGAUUAAAUACGGGUACACGGCGAUAAUGAAAAACCAGUUUGUCGGGUACAUGAGUGUCCCCUCAGUCGGUGACAAGUUCAUUGAGAAGCUUCGGUUGAACUCGCUGUCGAUUACCACCAACACUCUUAUUAACAUUUGGCUAGCCCUGUCUGUCUGUACGCUGUCGUACCUGAUGCUUAUGCUGUUGACAAUGAAGACGGACGGCACCCUUGGCAGGGUGAGCAACAGGGCUCAGCGGGAGAAGCUUCUGGCCGCGCCUGACCCACGGUUCACUGUUCUCGAGACUGCAUGUUUAGGUGGUAGUUAA